AUGGUGGUGAAGACAUUCAUGGACAUGGACCAGGACAGUGAGGAGGAGAAAGAGCUGUACCUGAACCUGGCGCUCCACCUGGCCUCUGACUUCUUCCUAAAGCACCCGGACAAGGACGUACGCCUCCUAGUGGCCUGCUGCCUGGCCGACAUCUUCAGGAUCUACGCCCCUGAGGCCCCCUACACAUCACCAGACAAACUCAAAGUAAGGACCUAGACCUAACCAUAGCAUAACUAUAGUCUUCACUCUGAUACAAUGUCCCCCGAGGUUCUAUGCACAUCACCAGACAAACUCAAAGUAAGGACCUAGACCUAACCAUAGCAUAACUAUAGUCUUCACUCUGAUACAAUGUCCCCCGAGGUUCUAUGCACAUCACCAGAAACCAAACUGAAGGUCAGGAAGAUUCACCUGUAGUGCAGGUUUCACAAACAUUUGGUGUUUUUUCACACAAAAGCAGUCAUUUGAGUAAAAUAAAAUGUUUUUAUUUUUCUCUUUGUCAUUGUGGCUUUGAUUUGACACAUAAUCAUCAGUUUGGGGGUAAAUGUGUUGAAUUAAGCUAUCCUUAAUUUUAGGACAUAUUUAUGUUCAUAACUCGUCAGUUGAAAGGACUGGAGGACACCAAAAGCGCCCAGUUCAACAGAUAUUUCUACUUACUGGAGGUAAGCUCUCAUUGCGACCAUCAGGCAUUGUUUUCUCAUCCACCAGCCAGUAUAAUGACUGUAUUGUCUUUGACUCACCAGAUUAUAGCCUGGGUGAAGUAUUCUGACGGUGUGUUUUGUCUUUGAAUCACUAGAAUAUAGCCUGGGUGAAGUCUUACAACAUCUGCUUUGAGUUGGAGGAUAGUAAUGACAUCUUCACUCAACUCUACAGGACCCUGUUCCAGGUUAUCAAGUGA